AUGUAUAAAAAGGAUAUGAGUAGAAAAAUAGCUAGUGAGGAGAGUUUUGUAGUUUUGGUUUAUCAUAGACGAUCGAUUACGAGGAAAACACGAUCCAGUGUGAAGUUCACUGGUAAUGAUCCUCUCAGUAUUUUCUUGAGGCCUACGACGAGCUAUGAUGACCUUGUCAGUUCUGUUCUACGGAAACUUGGUCUAGAAGGCGUGAAACGGGUUAAGAAGUUCUUCUAUCGCAUUCCAAUCUCGGUCCUCCAAGAAAUCGUGAAAUAUGAUUAUUUCACGAUCAGUAGUGAUGAGGACUUGCAGGUCCUGUUUCAUUGUCGACGGCAGUUUUCCGAAGUGAGGACACCAGAACUGUUGGCGAAGUUGGUUGACGUGUUUGCUGCAACGGCUGGUCUUGGAGAUGCAUUGUUGGAUGAUCAAGACGACGACGAUGUGGAGCCGGAUAUCAUUGCUGACGACAGUGGCGAUGAUAUUGGACCGAGUGAGCCUGCUGGUGUGGGAGGUGGUUCUAGCUUUGGCACACAGCAGUACCCUCCACAUUUUUCAUCUUUGGACUUGGAUGCAAUGAGACAGGAGGGGGAUCUUGGGGAGCCUGUUGGUUUUGGCGCCAGAGAUGCGGAAGGGUCUGUAGGUCUAACAGAGUUUCAGGUUGGUCAGCAAUUUCAGGACAAGGAUGAGGCCGUGUUAAGUGUGAAGACUUACAGCAUCCGACGCGGGAUACAGUACAAGGUGGUGGAGUCUGACUAUCGCAGGUAUGUUGGAAAGUGUACUGAGUUUGGGAAUGGGUACACAUGGUUGAUUCGGCUUAGCCUCCGAUAG